GGCGUUCAUACAAGGAUCACACCUAUACGAUCUGCCUUGACCAUGGUGAAUCAGCUAAAGCUAGUUGUGGUUGGAGAUGGAGGAGUUGGUAAGAGCUGUUUGCUAAUUGCAAGCACCACUGGGAACUUCCCACACGCGUAUGUCCCUACCGUAUUUGGAAGUUGGGUCACGGAUAUCCAUCUGAACGGACAGGAGUACCAUAUGACCGCGUGGGAUACCGCUGGCCAGGGUAAACUGUUACAGUAUCCUGGUAUGUUUCGUCUACAGGAAGACUAUGACCGACUGAGGCCACUGUCCUAUCCCGGUAGUGACGUCAUUUUCCUUUGCUUCGCCGUAGAUAACAGAGACUCUUUCGUGAACAUUACAGAAAAAUGGAUCCCUGAGCUUCAACACCACAGUCCAAAUGUUCCUAAAAUGCUCGUGGCCUGUAAAACAGAUCUGCGACAUACCGGUUCCGGAAAUUACGUAACGUAUGAGGAAGGGUCAAAAGUCGCCAAAGACUUGGGAUUACGAUAUCAGGAACUCAGUGCUUUGACUCGAGUUGGGAUGACGACGUGUUUUAAUACAGCGAUCAAAGAAGCCACUAAAGGUUUGACAGCACGCCGGAGAAAGAAGGAACGAUUACAGUUUUUCAGAAGAAUACAAAGAGAAAUACCUAACCCACCAAGCAUGCCGCUCGCAGAAAAAGCUCCCCGGGUUGAGGUUGAACCGUCCCGGUUCGUUGACGACUGGCAAAGGAUGCUGGAGAAACCUACAUACUCUGACGUGACAUUUGUACUAGAGGGAGGACAGAGACUAGACGCUCACAAACUCGUACUGUGUUCUGCCUCCUCAUUCUUCUGUCAGGUUUUUGGGGUGACACAGAAAAACAAAACGGGAAAGAUCGAGCAUUUGGAACCAUUCUCACUGGACGAUAUGAAUUCCGGACUUAUUAAGGGCAUUACUUCUGCAUUUGACGAGGGAAAGGUCAUCCGUGAAAAAGGUCAACGUCGUCACCGCAUAACGAUUAAAUUGGCCCCUGAUAUAAAACAUUCGACGUUUACUAGCUUGCUUGAGUUUCUCUAUACAGGGAUUCCAAAUCUACCAGAGGACCACAGCUGCGUCAGUCUUGACCAGGUCUAUGAGAUCGUAAGAGUGUCAAAGAUAUUCAAAAUGACAAGAUUAAAUGAGAUCUGCCAGAAUUACAUCAUGGAACAUGACUUUUUGAAUCCAAGUAUUGGAACAUUUCUCAAUGCUGAAACUGGACAGAAGAUGAAGGAACUCUUUUUCAACAAUCCAAUGCAUGCUGAUGUUGCUUUUAAAGUUCAAGGUCACACGAUCUACGCCCAUAAAGUCGUCCUGUGUGCACGAUGUCGCGCUAUGACGACUAUGUUCGGAUAUCAGUUUCGAGAAGGAACAGAGGAAAUGAUGGAGGUCGGUAUCCCUGCCACAUCCGCGAAAUGCUUCCUAGCCCUGCUGGAAUACAUUUACACCGAUCAAUCGCCUAUGGAAGAGGCCCAAGUCACAAGUCUCAUUGUUCUAGCGGAUAGGUUCAAUCAGAAGAGGCUAAUUAAUAUGUGUGAACUGUAUGCUACAAAGGAAGUCGAGAGGAGUGUUACCAAGCAAAUAGAACACUCUGAAAUUGACGCAAUAGGACUUUUAUUAGCAGCUCAGAUGAGCAAUGCCCACCAGUUGGCAACAUGGUGCUUACACUUCAUAUCCAGUAACUAUAUAGCGUUCAAACAAAGACCCGACUUUAAACAAAUCAAGGGAGAUAACUUAGAAAUAGUGACGAAGAAACAGUGGCCGCCUUUAUCUUAUCUUGAGGAAGUUGCAGAGUACAAAAUGAAGUGGACAAGAAAUGGAAUCGAAUGUUCAUUGAUGUGAAUAAUUUACAAUUGAUCACGUUAUGUAUAAAUGGGAUUGUCAUUUAUUUAUGAUUUGUGCAGUUGUAUUUAAAGUCGUGAAUAUAUAUGACAACAUGUUAAGUGUCCAGGGAGAGCUGCUAUCCCUGUUCUCGUUUUGAGAACGUGGGAUUUUUUUAUCUUUAUUUUUAUCAUGGGUGUCGCCACGACUCUAUUUGCCGUAUAUGCUUUUCUUUUGCAAUUAAAAUCCAUCUUGAAUCUG